AGCUCGCUGAUACAAAACAAAGGAGAGAAAUGGCGAAUAAAGCGGCUUUAUUAGGCUUUAUUUAGCGUUAUUUUAUUAUUAAAUACAUUAUUAUUGUGUGUAGUCUGAGGCAGAGGUGGGCAGAGACGUUUACUCGGUGUAGGCGAACUUUAAUUAGUUUUCGGAGUAAAUUAUUUAACCUUAACGUCAUUUUCAAAUGCUUUUAGCUGGCGUCACUUCUGCUCCAGCAGCUGUAACUCGAUAUCUGUGCGGAGAAUGAUUCACGUUUUACUCGCUUUUACUUUACUAAGUCCUUCUGUUGAUCCAGGACUGCUUGGCUGUUGCUUCCACCUUUCACUCUGGAGUCUCCUUAGACCACAAAAACACAAAUAAGACCAAUAAAAGCUCCAGUUCCUUUGCUGACAGGUGCUGGUUUGCUGUUCUUCAGUGAACCUGGUUCUUUUGGCUCGUUUUUCACUGAAGAACAAUUUACUUCAGUGUGAAUUUGGGCUGUUUAUCCUCCUCUGCUGUGGUAGAAACUGUGGUACACUACCAUGUGGUGCGAAAUGUCCCGUUUCGCCUGAGAAACUGUGUCUUUUUUCAAGAGAAAAUGUUGAGAGUAGAUGUGAAGCCUGCAGGAAGUAGACGCUGCUCUUGGCAAGACAGACCCCUCGCAGAAGAGACCCCCUCGGACGAAGGGAUAAACCUGUAUUUGCUUCUCCCGGCGAACUUUCAAACACAGGGGCCAGAGAAGGCUGAAUUGCAGCUGUGGUAGAAGAAGUUACUCAUUCGAGCUGCUUACUGGAAAGAUGGACGGUGGUCCUCGACAGAGGGGGUCACCAGGACCCCCCACGAACCCCAACACGGAAAGCUCAUCAGUGGCCUUGAAGAAGGAGAUCGGCCUCAUCAGCGCUUGUUGUAUCAUCGUGGGUAACAUCAUUGGAUCUGGGAUUUUUGUUAGUCCAAAGGGAGUCCUGGAGAACGCCAGUUCAGUGGGUCUGGCUCUUAUUAUAUGGAUCAUCACAGGGAUCAUCACUGCCAUUGGAGCGCUGUGCUAUGCUGAGCUGGGAGUCACUAUUCCAAAGUCGGGAGGAGACUACUCUUACGUUAAGGACAUCUUUGGAGGACUAGCUGGGUUCUUGAGGCUGUGGAUAGCAUUGUUGGUCAUCUAUCCCACCAACCAGGCUGUCAUUGCCCUCACCUUCUCCAACUACGUCCUGCAGCCUCUCUUCCCGUCCUGCUUGCCCCCAGACAGCGGCAUCCGUCUGCUCGCUGCUGUUUGCCUGUUGUUGCUGACAUGGGUGAACUGCUCCAGCGUGCGCUGGGCAACACGGGUACAGGACUUCUUCACUGCUGGCAAGCUUCUGGCCUUGGGGCUCAUCAUCAUCAUGGGCAUCGUGCAGAUAUGCAAGGGGCAAUUUUACUGGCUGGAACCAGUCCAUGCAUUUGAGCCUUUCCAGGAGUAUGACAUGGGCCGCAUUGCUCUGGCCUUCCUGCAAGGAUCCUUUGCAUAUGGAGGAUGGAAUUUUCUCAACUACGUUACAGAGGAGCUCAUUGAUCCAUACAAGAACCUGCCUCGGGCGAUCUUCAUCUCCAUACCACUGGUCACCUUCGUUUAUGUGUUAGCAAAUGUGGCAUAUGUCACAGCCAUGAGCCCAAAUGAGCUGCUGGCCUCCAAUGCUGUGGCUGUGAUUUUUGGCGAGAAGCUGCUGGGCGUGGUGUCAUGGAUCAUGCCUAUCUCCGUGGCUCUGUCAACCUUUGGAGGUGUAAACGGCUCUCUCUUCACCUCGUCUCGAUUGUUCUUUGUCGGAGCAAGAGAAGGCCAUCUUCCUCGUUUGCUGGCGAUGAUCCACGUGAACCGUUUCACCCCAAUCCCAGCACUGCUUUUCACUUGCAUAUCAACUCUUCUGAUGCUCUGCACCAGCGAUAUGUACACCCUCAUCAACUACGUGGGCUUCAUAAACUACCUGUUUUACGGGGUCACUGUCGCUGGGCAGAUUGUGCUGCGUAUCAAACAGCCAGAUUUGUAUCGACCAAUCAAGGUUAGCCUGGCGUGGCCUGUGAUCUACCUGCUCUUCUGGGCUUUCCUGCUCAUCUUCUCGCUCUACUCGGAGCCGAUGGUCUGUUGCAUAGGUCUGGCUAUCAUGCUGACGGGUGUCCCAGUUUACUUCGCUGGCGUCUACUGGGAAAACAAACCCAAAAACUUCAUUUCAUUCGUUGCUAAAAUGACACGCUUGGGGCAGAAGUUAUGCCUGGUGGUGUAUCCCGCAGAAGACAAGAGGAGAGACGAUGAAGAAAAUAGAGAAGAAGCUGAUGAGAAACUCUGACAAGAGAGUGAUUUUAAGCAGAACAUGAGCUUAUUUACAGGUGUUGAAAUGUAUUUGAAGUGUGGACACAAAGUACAAUCAUCCAUGAGGAUUUCUGAGUGUUGAGUUUGCUCUGGCCUUAACAAUUGUCUGUUGCAGUCCUGCCAUCUACUGGCCAGGCUGUGCACUGCUAUGUAGCAGAUUUACAUACGCACACAAGAAUAUGAAUUGUGUAAAAGCUUA